GUUCACAGUUAAACGGUUCUUCCUGUUUUCCGGUCGGAGCGGAGGGAAGCAUGUCUGGUGCAGGGGGUGGGAAGCGCCCCUCAGGAGGGGACAGCCCUCCUGGCCCUCCUGAAAAAAAGCUGAAGAAAGAGGAGAAGACUACCACAACGCUCAUUGAACCCAUCCGGAUCGGAGGAGUUUCUUCUACGGAGGAGAUGGACAUGAAGGUCAUUCAGUUCAAAAACAAGAAGCUCUGCGAACGUCUUGAACAGAGGCAGGCUUUGGAGGAUGAGUUGAGAGAGAAGAUUGAGAAGCUGGAAAAAAGGCAGGCCACCGAUGACACAACUCUGCUUAUCGUCAACCGCUGCUGGACUCAGCUGGAAGAAAACAUCCAUGAGUUGCUGCAGCAUGUGGAGCCUAAGGAUGCCCCAGCACCGGUUCAAAUCCCUGCCACCCCUCCUGUUCCAGCAGACGCUCCUGUUCCUGCUGUAGCCCCAUCACCUGCUCCUGAACCGUCUGCUCCACUGCCGGCUCCAGUGGAGGGAGAGGAUGGGCUCCCGCAGCCUUCAGUAGCAGCUGAAGGAACGGAAGAUCAGCAACAACCAUCACAAGAAAAGGAGCAGCAGCAAGAGCAGCAACAGCAGCCUGACUCUGUCGAGAAGUCAGCAGAAGCACCAGUGGCAGAUGAACUUAAUACUGGUUACCAUGCUACUGGCAGUUCUGGUGGAUUACCGGGUGGGCAAAUCACACUCAGCAUACAGAAGUUUGAGUCUCUGAAUGCCGAACUGGAGCAGAAUCAGGAACUUGCCAACAGCCGCAUGGCAGAGCUAGAAAAAUUGCAGCAAGAGCUACAGGAAGCUGUUCGGGAGGGCGAGAAACUAAAGAUGGAUCUGAGGAAUAUCCCAGAGGAAGUGUUGAAGGAGACGCCAGAGUACAAGUGCCUCCAGUCUCAGUUCUCUCUGCUGUAUAAUGAGUCUCUGAGUGUGAAGACGCAGCUGGAUGAAGCCAGAGCUCUGCUGCUUACAGCCAAAAAUGCUCAUCUACGACAGAUUGAGCACAUGGAGAGCGAUGAGUUGUCCCUCCAGAAGAAGUUACGCACUGAGGUCAUUCAGCUAGAGGACACACUAGCCCAGGUCCGCAAGGAAUCCAUUGAGUUGUGUGUUUUUCUGUUUUUCUUUGCAUUUUUAAACUUAUUGUCGACUCCCCAUGAAAAAAAGAGAGGAAAGACUGUAUCUGCUUCUAAAUAUCAUAACUUUACAGAACAUGACUGACUGAUGUUCACACAAAUUGUUUUGUUUUGACAAUUAUGGCCUUAUCCGUUUAAAUCACACAGUAACUCUAUCCAGAAACACAGCCAGUUUCCAUGGCGACACUCAAUGUUACUGAACCCCUUAAAGUUUAGCAAUGAACAGAUGUGAUGGUACUGGGUGGAAAGAAUAGACAUGCAUAAAAUUAGAAACAUAGAUGGUGUUGCAGUGACUUUUUAAAGGCAAAACAAACAUAUUCAUGCUAAAGUAAACGUCUCAGCCGAUUUAGCUUUAGUCCGGUACAGUAUAUACCCCAACCAGUUCCAGAUGUAUCCCCAACAUGUCAAACUACUGCACAGUUUCUUUAAAUAAUAAAAGCUGAUACAGGUA